UGGAGCUUACUUCUCUCCCAACAGUUAAUGAUCACUAUUCUUUAAUUCUUGAUAACCAUUUCGAAUACAUAGUCUUUUCAUCUUAAUCCGUUUCUCUUUCAAUCUACUGAACAAUGGAGUCUAUGGGAGUUAUGUCUGACGGAGAACUGAUUAAUUCCUACUGUGGGUUUUUCUCUAACAAUGAAGAAGCUGAGUUCAUGUUACAAUUGCUCGGUAACUUCUCGUAUACAAGCGAACAACAACAACCACAACAACAUCAAGACGAGUACCCAAGUUUGGGAAAUAUGUCAACUCCUGUUACUGCUAAUUACUAUCCUAAUCAUCAUCACGACGAAGCUGAAACUAACGAUGGCGGGAUGAUAAUGAGGAUGCCUGACAAUUCAUAUUUUUGUGCUGAUAUUGCCUACCCCCAUUAUGAGAAUAUGUCUCAAGUAGGUAACUACAGUUUUAAUGGUAAUGGUGAUCAUGUUUACAUGCAGAAUAAUUCUUAUCAUGAUGACCAUGAUAAUUACUACGCAAGUGAUGCUAAUGCUCCUAUUUUGAUGAGCAAUAAUUUAUCCAUGGAUUAUGUAUUGGUUGAGGAUCAAGAACAUGUCCAUGGUUUGACGACCAAUAACUUCUUCCCCGGCCAUGUAAUGGAAGAAACUAAUAAUACUUGUCUGAAUGAAGAAAUGAGCAACGAAUCUUCAUUAGAAGCUGUUGACCUUCAUGAUCAGAGAUUUGAAGCUAAGGCGAAAUCCGAGAUUGAAGAACCAGCUAUUUCUACAGUAGAAGACAAAAGCAACGUCGAGUUGAUUGGAAAACGGAAAAAGAGAACUCGGGUUCCCAGAGAUAAUCAGAAGAACAAAAGAAAUGUAAAGUCUAAGAAGAGUAGAAAGCAAUCUCCCAGUAGUAACGAUGAAGAAGAGAGACAGUGUUCUAGCGGUUGCAGCUCUGAAGAGGAUUCUAAUGGUUCUCAGGAAGAGCCUAAAGAGUCAUCCGUCCUCAAUAUGAACGGAAAAGUUAGAGCUAGUAGAGGUUCCGCGACUGAUCCUCAAAGUCUCUAUGCUAGGAAACGAAGAGAAAGGAUAAACGAAAGAUUGAAAACCCUACAAAACCUUGUCCCAAAUGGAACCAAAGUCGAUAUAAGUACAAUGCUUGAAGAAGCAGUUGACUAUGUUAAGUUUUUACAACUCCAAAUCAAGUUGUUAAGUUCGGACGAUCUAUGGAUGUAUGCACCGAUUGCUUACAAUGGAAUGAACAUAGGCGCUUUGGAUCAUAUCAAUAAGAUCUCUCAAAAGCAAUGACAAUCUAGGAAGAAGAUUAUGCAUCAUCAAACAUAUACAAAAGAGUUGUGUUGGACUUGCCAAUGUCAAUAAAUCUAUACAUAUAUAUCCCUUGAUUUAACUAAUUUUAAGUUUUCUUGUUACAUAUGAAAAGGUCCAAGAAAAAUUAAUCAA